AUGUUUUCUUUUCUUUUUCUUUUUCUUUUUUUUCCAUCUUUUCUUUCCGUUAUGGUUUGCCUUUUUUUCUUUCUUUUUUCUCGUUCUUGUUUUCUUUCUUCUGUUUUCUUGAUACCUCCCCUUCUUAGCCGUUUUCAUUUACUUUUCUCUUUUUCUUUCUUUCUUUCUUUUUUUCUUUCUUUCUUUCCACACUUUCUUCCUUUUCUCCCCUUUUAUCAAUACACCCUCUUUCUCUCUCUCUUUUUUCUAUCCUCAAUUGAAAAGUCGCCGCCCUUUAUCUUUCCUUUUUAUGCUUCCUUUCAUUCGUCUUUUCUUCUUUUUUUUCAAAAUUUUCUUUUCUUCGCAUUUUUCUCUUUUUUUCACAUUUUUCUCUUUUUAAAGGUUUUCUGUUUUUUUGUUUUUUUUACUUUUGUUUCUUUGCCCACUUGGGCUACUUUUCAUGGUCGUCUUCUAUCUUCUUCUCCUCCUCCUCCUCCUCCUCCUCCUCCUCCUUCUUCUUCCCCUCCUCCUUCUUCUUCUUCUUCCCCUCCUCCUCCUCCUCCUUCCUUCUUCUUCUUCUUCUUCUUCUUCUUCCUCCUUCUUCUUCUUCCCCUCCUCCUCCUCCUUCUUCUUCUUCUUCUUCUUCUUCUUCUUCUUCUUCUUCUUCUUCUUCUUCUUCUAUCACCCAGCUUUUUUUCUUUUUCUCUAAUUUAUACCUCUCCUCCCACUCUUACGUUUUCCCCUAUUUCUAAACUCUCCUCCCACUUUCCAUCUUUUUCUCUUUCUCGAAUUUCUUCAUUUCUAUGUUUCCCUCUAUUUCUCCUCUUUUUUUCAUCUUUCUUAAUCUAUAUUUCUCCAUUUUUUUCUUUAAUUACCGCACUUCCUUUCAAUGGUUUUGUCAAUCUUGUUGAUAUUUCAUUCGUAACAUUUUUUUUAUUUAUAGGUUUAGCUUAUGAGAUAAGCUUGUUAACCAUACAUUACGUUUGCUGUAUCUAUUUCAUUCUUUCUUUCGGUUUUCUCUUUACUCUCUCCACUCUCCCUUUUCUGAGUUUUCUCUCACUUUUAAUUCCUCCCUCUUUUUUUUCUCCUACGUCUUCGUCUACUCAUAUUUUCCCCAAUACUUCUCCUUAUAAGUUUUCUUCUUACUCUUUUAUUUGUUCUCUCUUAAAUCGAAUUGGUUGGGCCGUGGUUCUGAUCGCCUUUUACACGGAUUUUUUCUACAACGUCAUCAUUGCUUGGUCUCUCCACUAUUUCUUUGCAUCUUUCACCACAAACCUGCCAUGGGUCUCUUGCGAAAACGACUGGAACACGCACCGUUGCUACGACAUCUUUUCCCGAUUCAAGAACGGAAGUCGAGGUCUACUGAACCACACACUGGGCGAGUUCACUACCAAUAACACGGAAAUCCAAUCUAUUGUCAACAUAUCUGUUGGACUGGCACACAAUGUCACCACCAAGAUACACCAACUACACAUGUCCACGAAUAAGUCGGUCUUUCCUGCUCAAGAAUACUUUGAACGUAAAAUGUUGGAACUACACGAGUCUGAUGGGAUCUUUUCAGUGGGACGUCUCAAGUGGGAGAUGGUCCUCUGUUUGAUGGGAGUAUACAUCAUUUGUUAUUUCAGUAUGUGGAAAGGCAUUUCCACUUCAGGAAAGGUAAGAAAAGAAAUCUAUCUAUCUAUCUAUCUAUCUAUCUACACUGAAAUGUUAAUUACUUGA